CAUGAUUGAUUGAUUCUAAAGAAAUAAAUAUAGAAAUUAAGGUGUUCUGCAAAGUUUAUAAAUAACUGCAAAAUGCACAGAAAAAGUACUACUUCUUGUAAAACCCUCAUACCAUUGUAAUUACGAUUUAUAAACAGAAUGAUUUUAGCCCUUUUAAGGCUACUGGUUUUGUUAAGGGGAAUUAUAAUAUGUUUUUGCAAUGAAGAUAGUACAAAGAUUCAUUUUACAAAUUCCUGGGCAGUUCAUAUUGAAAAAGGAAAUACUCAAAUUGCUGAUGAAAUCGCAGAAAAGCAUGGAUUUAAUAAUCUUGGACAGAUUGGUACACUUCCUGGGUAUUUUCAUUUUGUUAAGAAAAAUUUCAAGAGUAAGCGAAACAGAAGAUCAAGUACUGUAGAAGAUGUAAAUCUACUUUCUGAAAAAAAUGUUCGAUGGGUUAAGCAGCAACAUGUUCUGGAAAGAGACAAACGUUCUAUUGUCCCUGAAUAUUUACAAAUUGUUCAUUCUGUUGGAUAUACCGUUCAAGACCCACUUUAUAAUGAUCAGUGGUACUUGAAUAAUGUUGGCCAAUCAAGUGGCCCAUCUGGAAUGGAUAUUAACAUUAUCCCUGUUUGGUCACGUGGUAUUUCUGGAAAAAACAUUGUUGUUGCUGUUUUAGAUGAUGGGCUUGAUCACACUCAUCCAGAUCUGAAGAGGAACUAUGAUCCAAAAGCUAGUUACGAUUUUAAUGAUUAUGAUGAAGAUCCAAUGCCUCGUACAUCCGAUCCUAAUAAUUGUCACGGUACAAAAUGUGCUGGUGAAGUUGCUGCUGAGGCUGGAAAUGGAAUAUGUGGAGUUGGUGUGGCUUUUAACUCUAGUGUUGGAGGUAUUCGAAUGUUAGAUGGAAACACCACGGAUACCAUUGAAGGAAGUGCGUUAAGCUUUAAAAAAGAUUAUAUUGAUAUCUACAGUUGUGCAUGGGGACCUAAAGAUGAUGGAAAAAGAUUUGGAAGACCUGGAACUUUAGCUAGUAAAGCUUUAGAACUUGGUGUAAAAGAGGGAAGAAAUGGUCUUGGGUCUAUAUUUGUUUGGGCAACUGGAAAUGGUGGUUUGACUGAUGAUGAUUGCAAUUGUGAUGGAUACACAACAAGUGUUUAUACAAUAUCUGUAGGUGCAAUAAGUGACCAUGGUUUAUCAACCUACUACACAGAAAGUUGUGCUUCUACUUUAGCUGUAACUUUCAGUGGGGGAUCUCAUCGUGAAAAGAGAGAGAAUAAAAUUAUUACAACAACCCUCAACCACAAAUGUACAGAUGAAUUUAAAGGAACUUCAUCUGCAGCUCCAUUAGCAGCAGGAAUGAUUGCUCUCAUGUUAGAAGCAAACCGCAAACUAACAUGGCGAGAUGUACAACAUAUCAUUGUAGAAACAUCAUUAAUGACCAGCCCACUUGAUGAAGGCUGGCGUAGGAAUGGUGCUGGAAAAUGGUUCAAUCAAAAAUUUGGAUUUGGACGCAUGGAUGCAGCUUCUAUGGUUGAAAAAGCUGAUACCUGGUCCAAUGUGGCUGAACAUAGAAUGUGCUGGAGUGAUAAGAGUGUAGGGCCCUGGGGCAUUCCUAGUGCUGGCACUAUUGCAGUUGCCAUUAAUACUACUGCUUGCUCUGACACUUUGUCUGAAAUAAAAACUCUUGAACAUGUUCAAGUAGUACUGUCUCUUAAGCAUAGACACCGUGGACAUCUUAGUGUUGAGCUGAUCUCGCCAUCAGGUACAAGGACACAGAUGUUGAAAACAAGAAGAAAUGACAAAUCAACCAAAGGACUAAAGGAUUGGGUGUUUAUGAGUGUUCAUUUUUGGGGAGAAGAUCCAAAAGGAAUAUGGACAUUAGCUGUUACAGAUAACAGUAACAAUAAUCGCGAGCAUCAUAAGCGGAAAAGCAAGUAUGGAGAUUUUGAAGAUGCAACAGAAGCAUUGCAGGACGAACUUGAGUUUAACAAUGAUGCUGAACAUGAUGCAAUAGUUGAUGAAGCUGAAGAGUUCGAAAAUACUGAAGAAUUUCAAAACAAAGUGUUUGAAGAUGAUAUUUUUCCAAAACUUUCUAAAGAUAAUAAACAGAAAGUUUCUGAUCAGUCAAAAGAUAAAACUAACGAUGACAAUGAGAAACUAAUAGAGGAAUUGCCACACAAAGAAAAAUUGAAAUUUAAGCAACAUGAAGAAUCUAAACCUGAACACAAAGAUAAAAAGAAGAAAAAAAAUAAAUUAAGCAAGCUGAAAAAGGGCGUGCAAACUCAAACUGCACACUCUAAUGAGAAAAAUCCAGUAAUAAAUGAAGGUGUUAGACUAGGUCAAAAUACUAGUCCAGAAAAACUUCCAUUUAUUCCAAGUCAUUUUCCUAUUGCAAACAACGGACAGUACGCUUUAGCUGGUGACAAUGCUCCUAUCAUGCCAAAUGAUAAAAACGCUCCUAUCCUGUCAGUGCCGAAUCCAUCUUAUUCUGCUGGAAUGAACAAUGAAAACAUUCAGCAAACUAUUUCACAUUCAACCGGUAACCAAGUGUCUUCUGCUUUACACAAUGGAUCUAAUAACUCUACAUCUCAACCUGUUAUUACAUCUGGUUCUAAUAUCAAUCAACUAUUGAACACUUCUACCAACUUUCCUUCUAGUAGUGAAGAAAAUAAAAUGCUUGAAAGUGUUUUAAAAACCAUUCUAUCAGAAACAUUUGCUAAUUUUCGAAAUGAAAGUGAAGGCAGCUUUAAAAAUUUUGAUGACCGACUCAAUGAGCUGGAAAAUGUUUUGAAAAAAUCUAAUGACUCAGGUGUCAAUAAAGCUGAAUCAAUAACUUCAAGUUUAGCUAAUGCCUUUAAAGGUGGGAAAGCAAUCGAUAAAAUUAACAAUGUUUUAAAUGUACUAGAAAGCAACAAAAACCAAUCUAAAUCCCAUAAUACUAGUUCAUACAAAAAUUCAGAAGUCGUUUCGGAUGUUUUAAAAGUUCUAAAGGAUAUACUUUCAACUAACAUUGAUGAUGGUAAAUUAAAGCACUACAAAAAGAGAAUAUCGAAGUUGUUAGAAACCAGCUCAAAUAAAACCCGUAAGCUAACGGACAAGCUCUUCACUGAUUUGCAACCACAGGACGAAGGUAAAGAUGUAUCUCCUAUUGUUAUUACAGAUGCAUUGGCUCUUGUAAGUCGCCUUUUUAAAGAAAAAAAACCUAUUAUUCCAAAAAAAAGUACGAAGGUAGUUACAUCUGAGUUACCUAAAAACGUUCGAAUUGUUCUACAAGGUCCUAAAGGAGAUGUCAUUCUUCCAUAUGAAAUGGUUGCUCCUGAUACAAAAAAAGAAGUUACAACAUUGACGUCAUCAAAAGAAAUGCAUCAUGCUGACAAUACUGUUGAUACUAUUACAGUACAGCAUAAAAAUAUACGUCAUAAAAAUAAUCAAAAGGUGGUAGAUGACGCUGAUUUACUUAAUAAAAUUGACAGCCAUCGUAAUAUAGCAGAGGAAAAUGAAGACCUGUUUAAUGAGAAGAUAGCAGAAGAAGGCGUUUCAAAUGUAAAUUUCCAGUCUUCCAACAAAUUAGACCUAAACAACAAUAUAGAUGUCAUAAAGAAUCCUGAUGUUCCAAAUGAAAAAGUAUUUGAGCUUAAUUCUUCAGGGGAACCGGAGAGUGCUGAGAGCAACAGUUUAACAAUAUCUGUCGUAAAAAAUGGACGUUUAAUCAAAGACAAUAAAAUAAAGCUGGAUAAACUGGAAAAAAAGUUAAUUGAAAGUCCAAAAACUGAAAAAAUAAACAGUGAAAAUAAUAUCGACAUAGAGGUGAUGUUUGAUAAAGACGUCAGUAAAGAUCUUUCGGCAAAACAUGGAUUAAACAACUACGAAAAUCUUGAAGAGAUAAAAAAACUAAACGUUAAAAAUGAAGCUGUUGACGUUGCAAAGUUUGGUGCUCAAGAUGAUUCUGGUCAGUCUAAUCAUUUUGAAGAUGUUUCUGGUGUGCAAUGGCAGGAUAUCUCAUCUAAAAAGACUAAGGAAAAAGUGCCCGAGUCACUUUCCAUUAAAGUUAAAUCCAGUGAAAAUAAUAUUAAAAACCGCAAAAAUAAAUUUAAAAAGAAAAAGAGUUUAAAAAGCCACAAAAGAACACACGCCAAUCACCUUGACGAAAUUCGCAAUUACAAUAUUGAACCUUUGCCUUUCCUUCAGUUUGCUGAUCCUAGUGAUAUAUCUCCUCAAAAUGAAGAUGAAGAUAGCUUCAUACGAUCUCUUUACGAACCCUACAAUCUCCAUACUAAGCAGAUAGAGACUAAUAUUCCCGGCGAAGGUAAAGCUUCUUAUUACCCUCCUAGUGAUUUCCAACAGGAUCGUGAAAACUGGAAUAUAAAAAGGUCAAAUAUACCGCGUCCACAAAUUCAUUACCAUAACGAAACAAAAAAACACUUUAUAAAAAUUAAGCAACCUUUAGUUCGUAAAUCAACUCGCAUUACUGAAGAAAGAAGCAAUGAGUUUGAAAGCGGAAACUUGAAUGAUGAAAAUGAUGAAAACGAAAAUGAUGAAGAAGAAGGUCCUCAUGUUGUUAAACGUUCUGCCAUAUUUAGUGACUUAUAUUUACCUGAAAACUCAAAUUUUAAGCUGAGAAAAAAAUUGCGUUUCGAAAAUGAGCGAAGAUCAGCCGUUAAAAAAGCUUACAAAUUAGAAGAAGCGUUGAAACGCAAGAUUAUUUCUAUGAGAAAAGAAAGCUCAUCAGUUUUAAAUAUAAUUAAAAGAGUACAUGACGAUAUUUCUAUAGGUGACUCAAAAGACUUAAGGGUCCUUGAAAAGCAGUUAUCACAGCUCGAAAAUGCUAAGUAUAACUCUUUAUAUAAUGGCGAGUCGCAGAUAGAACAAAACACUCCUUUAGUCAGGACUAAGGUUUCAAGGAAACCUCCGCGGGAGUCUAGAGACGAUCCUGAUGAAUAUUACAAAUAUGGAGUCACAAAGUCAGGAGAACUUGAAACAUGGACAUUGUUAUUUUAUGGAACGGGUCCUUAGCUUAAACAAUCUCUUAGAAAAUUUUUCAAUUCUUUUUUAAAUUAAUUUUGUAUAACUACAUCUAAAAGUCGAUAUUCCGCUAUUUGAUAUUUUUAAAAUGGAUUUGAUUUUUAAUUUUUUUUUCUUCGGACAAACUGAAAUGCUUUAUGUGCUCGCUUUUAUUUCUAUGAGUUUUGAAUUUAUCUGCAUUUUCUAUGCAUUUGAGACUUUCCCUUAUUUAUUUGAGUGUUUAUAUGUGUUAAAUAGAUUAUGUAAAUAAUUAAAAUACGUGGUUAAAACUGCAUUCUUUUAUUUGACGAUGUAAAUAUAACAAAUUUAACUUUCUUAUCACGUUUUGUGUAGAUUAAAACUAUACAAA